UACUGUUAUGUCGCGGUGCGCUCUCUGCAGGCCACCCAGUCUCGCAAUAAAUGUUUAACUGACCGGACGUGUGUGUUUCAUUUAUAUAGACAUAUCAGUGGCGCUCGAGGAUCGGGAUUUAUAUGAACCUAGUUUUAAAAGUGUGCUUUUAAACAUGUCAGUGGGGAAGAUAAAAGCGUUCGAGGUUUCGUCGGGCAAUUGGAGUACAUACGUGGACCGCGUGAAUAUGUACUUUAAGGCUAACGACAUCAGCGACAACUUGCAGUUGCCGACAUUGAUUGCCGUAAUGGGAGAUGAAGCUUAUGAGCUCCUCAGCAACUUGACAAGCCCUAAGAAACCAGGAGAAAUGACUUAUAAGGAAGUUAUCAAGAUAAUGUCUGAUCACAUCGAACCAAAACCAUCUUUCAUGGCGGAACGAUACCGGUUACGUCAGAGGCGGCAGGGAGAUAAGGAGACUGUCGCUCAAUAUCUGGCCGAUUUAAAAAAGAUGGCUAGGUACUGUGAUUUCUCCACAGCAUUAGAGGAUAACCUGCGUGACCAAUUUGUGUGCGGUUUGAAAAAUGACACAAUUAGACAACGCCUUUUCGCUGAGAGUGACUUAACCUAUAGUAAGGCCGUACAGCUAGCCCUUUCGUUGGAAGCCGCCGAGAAGGACGCAGCUAUGGUGGAACGCGCGAGUGUGAGCGAGACGGGCGAUGCGGGAGAGAGAGCCGAGACGGUACAUGCACUCACAUCGUGGCAACCGCGUGGCAGUAAUGGCGUUAGCAAUGCGAUUUGUGCAGUUUGCGGGAAGUUAGGUCACCGCGACGUUCAAUGUCCUUACAAAGAUUUUCAGUGUAACAAAUGUGGUAACGUAGGUCAUUUAAAACGAGUGUGUCCGGCUAGGCUAGGAGGUGGUAAUGGCGGCAAUGCCCGUGUGUCGGGUGGCGACGCUCGUGGGUCGAGCGGCGGCAGCGGCGGGGCCCGGCGCCGGGGCGCCGGCGGCCGCAGGGGCGCGCAGCGCGCCAACCGCGCCAGCGCCAUACACCAUGUCCAGGCAGAAGAUGGCGAGACUCAGUAUGAAGAAGAGGUUACGUCGGGGUCCGACUUCGAAGAAGACCUGCAUCAUCUCUGCUUAAACGAUUAUAAAUCGGUAUAAGGAGUUAUUUAGCGGAGGACUAGGGCGGUUUAGAGGUGGAAAAGCGACACUUCGAGUACGCGAGGGGGCCACACCGGUGUUCUGUCGCGCGCGGCCGCUGCCGUACGCGCUGCGCGACCGCGUCGAGGCGGAGCUGGACGAGAUGCUGCGCUGCGGCGUCAUCGAGCCGGUCGACACGUCGGAGUGGGCCACGCCGCUGGUACCGGUGCGUAAAGCCGAUGGGGGUCUGCGAA